AUGGGAAGAAAGAAGAAGGACAGCGGGAUCGCUAUACCUGAAAUUACCUGGACCAACGACUUGAUCUGGAAGUUACUGGCCAAGAUAGAAUUGCCAGAAAACAGAGUUGUAUUGUUGGGCAAACGGAAGAAGCGUGAGAAUACUUCGGGCGACAGCAAGGCCACUGUAUAUCAGUGCAUGGCUGCUGUGAUAUUCCCGCAGUUCCAUGGCCUUAAUCCCACUGUUACUGGGGACCAUGUCAAGCGCAAGUACGAGCACUUGACUAAGAAAUACAAGGAACUAGCCACACGCCUUCAUACCACUGGUGAAGGUGUCAAUGAUGAUACUGAUGGCAACUAG